AUGAAGUACAUUCUCGUUACUGGCGGUGUCAUAUCAGGAAUUGGAAAAGGAAUCAUCGCCAGCAGCGUGGGCACGAUACUUAAGUCAUGCGGUUUACAUGUGACCUCCAUUAAAAUUGACCCGUAUAUUAACAUUGAUGCAGGCACAUUCUCUCCUUAUGAGCAUGGUGAGGUUUUUGUGCUAGAUGAUGGUGGGGAAGUAGACCUUGACCUGGGUAACUAUGAACGUUUCCUUGAUAUCCGCCUCACCAAGGACAAUAAUCUGACCACUGGCAAGAUCUAUCAGUACGUCAUUAACAAGGAACGCAAAGGAGAUUAUUUGGGGAAAACCGUCCAAGUGGUCCCGCACAUCACAGAUGCCAUCCAGGAGUGGGUAAUGAGACAGGCCUUAAUACCUGUGGACGAAGAUGGUCUGGAACCUCAAGUGUGUGUUAUCGAGCUCGGUGGGACAGUAGGAGAUAUAGAAAGCAUGCCCUUUAUUGAGGCCUUCCGUCAAUUCCAGUUCAAGGUCAAACGAGAGAACUUCUGUAACAUUCACGUCAGCCUAGUGCCGCAGCCAAGUUCAACAGGGGAGCAGAAGACUAAACCCACCCAGAACAGUGUUCGGGAACUAAGAGGGCUUGGGCUUUCCCCAGACCUGGUUGUGUGCAGGUGCUCAAAUCCUCUUGACACGUCAGUGAAAGAGAAAAUAUCAAUGUUCUGCCAUGUGGAACCUGAACAAGUGAUCUGUGUCCAUGAUGUCUCAUCCAUCUACCGAGUCCCCUUGUUGUUAGAGGAGCAGGGGGUUGUAGAUUAUUUCCUCCGGAGACUUGACCUUCCUAUUGAGAGGCAGCCACGAAAAAUGCUGAUGAAGUGGAAAGAGAUGGCCGACAGGUAUGAUCGCUUGCUGGAGACUUGCUCUAUUGCCCUCGUGGGAAAAUACACCAAGUUCUCAGACUCGUACGCUUCUGUCAUUAAAGCUCUGGAGCAUUCUGCACUGGCCAUCAACCACAAACUGGAAAUCAAGUACAUAGAUUCCACGGACCUGGAGCCCAGCACCUUGCAGGAAGAGCCAGUGCGCUACCACGAGGCCUGGCAGAAGCUCUGCAGUGCCCAUGGCGUGCUGGUUCCAGGAGGAUUUGGUGUCCGAGGGACUGAAGGAAAAAUCCAAGCCAUCUCCUGGGCUCGGAAACAGAAGAAACCUUUUUUGGGCGUGUGCUUAGGAAUGCAGUUGGCAGUGGUUGAAUUUUCAAGAAAUGUGCUGGGAUGGCAAGAUGCCAAUUCUACAGAGUUUGACCCCAACACCAAUCAUCCUGUGGUCAUAGACAUGCCGGAACACAACCCUGGUCAGAUGGGCGGAACCAUGCGGCUGGGCAAGAGGAGAACUCUGUUCCAGACCAAGAACUCCGUCAUGAGGAAACUCUACGGAGAUCCAGAUUACCUGGAAGAGAGGCACCGCCACAGGUUUGAGGUGAAUCCAGUCUUGAAAAAGUGUUUGGAGGAGCAAGGCUUGAAGUUUGUUGGCCAAGAUGUUGAAGGAGAGAGAAUGGAAAUUGUGGAGUUGGAAGAUCAUCCCUUUUUUGUCGGAGUGCAGUAUCACCCUGAGUUUCUGUCCAGACCUAUCAAGCCUUCCCCACCGUACUUUGGUCUCCUCCUGGCCUCCGUGGGGAGGCUUCCGCAUUACCUCCAGAAAGGCUGCAGGCUCUCACCCAGGGACACCUACAGUGACAGAAGUGGAAGCAGCUCCCCUGACUCUGAAAUCACUGAACUGAAGUUUCCCUCAAUAAAUCAUGACUGA